CCAAAGUAUCUUUAUGAAAGGGGGGAAAAUGGUAAGAGAAAACACUCCAGGGCAGAUCUCUGGGAGCUGCAGGGCUGUGAUUUAGCAAUUCCUCGGUUACUUAGUUGAUACUCAUUAUGUAGAAGGUGUGGUUGAGUCUGUUUGCAGUCAGCCGGAACUUUCUGCUUCAGCACAGAAACUACUUUCCCAUUUUCAUAAAUGGAAAGAACAGUACAGAGAGCAACAUGUCGUUCAGUCAAAGGAGACCUCAAACAUCACAGUUGGUGGAGUUCCAUGUUUUUUAUGUCCCAGAAGAAGUGUGGAACUUCAAGCUGAAUACAGUUCCUGUAGCUCUUACUAGCAAAUUCAUCUCAGCCGGAUUUAUAAGGGUAUCUCCUCACAUCACAUUAGGAGUGCUACGGGAGAAGCUUGGAGAGUACCUACGUGGAUUUGCAGUUUCAGAUAAAUUCAGAUUUUUAAAAUGCAUUGGGAAAAGACUAGCAGUGGUGAAAGCAAAGCAAGAAACAGAACUGGAACUGAAGUCAUUUGCUCCACCUUAUGCACUUUAUCCUGAAUUAUAUUUAUUACCUGAAGUGGAAUAUUUUGAAGGUAUUUAUCCAUUAUCACCAUCAACUCAGCAAAGACAUCGCUUUAAUGCAGAAGCUAAUAGGUUUGAUCAUAAAUCAGGAUUAUCCAGUCUUCCCCAACAAAAACCUGAAACAAGUGAACCAUUGUUAGAAAGCAUACAAAGCAGUCAUCAGCUAGAAAAUCAAGAAGUGCACGGUCCUGUGGAAUGGGGUGAGAAAGAACCUGUUCCAGUUUUGCACACAAAUAAUAAGCAAGACCAUAACAACAGGAUUCAAGAAAAUCAGAUACAGCUUAGAGAAGAAGAUCAAAAUGGAUCCAGUGGAUCUCUCUUCACACCAAAUCAGUCAAAUCUUGCAGACGAUUUGCAGUCUGAAAAGAGUGAUAUGGUAUUACAGGCCUCUCAGCAAAAUCAUCUCAGCCAAGAUCAAAAAGAGCAUAACGCUCCUAAGUGGAAUGACGAAGCCAAAGGAACCGUUUUUACUCUUCCUGUAAACCACAGUGAUGAACAAGGCGAGAAUUAUCAAACACCCCAAAAUGACAUCAAAUAUCAAAAGGAACUAAUAAACAUGGAAAAUAAUGACCACUUAAAAGAUACCAAACUAAGAAGAGACAGAACCCAGGAUGCUGGGAUUCUUAAAAUAAUGGAAGACCAACCCACAGAGCAUGUACGUAAAAAACAAAGCUUGUUGCAAUACAAAACUAGCAAGUCUACAGCUGAUCCUGGUGAAAAACUGGAUAAUCAGGCUGAUGAAAACAAGCAAAAUCCCCUUAGUUGUCCAAAAGAAUAUAUUUCACCUCCUAAUCUACCUUUCUUGUCAUUUUCUGUAAAUCCAGAUCAAGUUCCUGCAAUUCAGACAGCAAAAAAAAAGAUGGUAGAACAAUUGAAACAAAUGAAGGACGAGAGAAUGCACAUGGAAAAAAAUAGAGAAGAACUGAUAAGAAAAGUUAAAGGGCUACUGGAACAACAUAAGCUGAAAAGAUACCACGUUCGUGAGGAGUGGAAAAAGAAGUACUUUGAAACUAAGAAAGCUACGGUUUCCCUGGAGGAUGCUUUAAACAAACUGCAGCAAGAUUUAGAGCUUUACCACCAAAAACUACUCUUGCAAUUGGAAGCCAGAGAGAGCCGAAAACGACCACACAAUGUGGCAAACUCCAAGAAUUACACAAUCAUCCAGAUUACUACAGUGCAGCAUGAACUCGAUCUACUGAGGAGGAAGCUGGAUGAUAUAAAAAUGAAACUCGUAAUAGAAAUUAAGAUGAGAAAGCAGGCAGCAUCUGAUUUACAAGUGCUGAGAGCGGAACUGACACAGAAAAAGAUUCAUUCAGCUUUAAUUCUCCAAUCCAGAAAAUGAGGAAUUUAAGAGGAUGACAUGACUUUAACAGCCAUAAAGUCUCUAGAAACUCUGUAAUGUUUAUAGAAGCUCAGAAUUACAGAACAUUUGUUUGUAUGUCCUUGAAGUUAUCUUGUAAAAAGACAUCAACUAUAUAAAUGUUGUGGAAUUUGUAUAUUAGGGUACUGAGGUACUGCGGCUCACUUUUUACAUCUCACUUUUAAUAUAAGAUUAGUCAGCUACUUAAAUAUACAGUUUAACCUAGUAACAUGUCUAAAAUAAAGUUAUUUUAAAAGCACCAAUUAGUGAAUUGUGUAACAUCACACUGGUAUGCUGAUGUUCUUUCAUUAACAAAAUACCUACUAAGCAAAUAAACCUAUAAUCUAUAACCUCCUGUUCUUAUUUUCAAGCAUGCACAUUACAUUUUUGGAAAAUGAUUAAAAUAAAUCUUCUGUAGAACUACAGCAUCGGGAAUCCUUUAUUUAGCUAUUUACUGAAGUACAUUUUUGUCACUAUAAGUACGCCUAUCUAUAAAUUGCCAAUGUCUUAUUACCAUAUUAAGUAUGAACAAAAUCUCAGAUGAUCUCACUUUAUUUCAUAUCUAACCAUUUUUGUUCCCUUUCUAAUUAGGAAAGCCACAUCAACAUUAACCAUCUUAUGUACUUAAUGGAGGAAGCAAGCUUUGUCUUGGACAAGCUAUGAUGAUGAUCCUGAUCCAAUUUACAGUAUUGCAUAUUCUGCCUUUCUUUAAACUCAAGCUCAUGCAUUGUGCCUAGAUAACAAUUCUCUGAAAGAGUAAUCAGAAACCUCUUUUGAUAGCGACUUUUUCUAGCUCUCCUGUUUGCAUCUUUGCAGUACCAGAUGUUAUUACCUUAAGCAGAAGAAAUAACAUGUUAGGAAUUAAUGUCACAUAAAAGGCUGCCAAGGCUGUAUUUAUUAGUGGAAGUGAA